AUGGAGGAUGAGAUGUCGAAUCGCCGAGUGUCGAGUCGGACUCGUAAGGUUGCUACGAAGAUGGCGGCAGCUCUUACGAGCACCGACAAUCGAACACAGGCCGCUAUAGCUCGGCUUGAAGCUUUAGAGAAUGACAAUGGAGCCAUCGAGGUGGUGGAUAUGAACGAUGAUGAAGAAGCUUCUCUCGAUGAAGACGAUGAUCUCGGAUACGCACAGAAGAAGCAACACAAGGGAUCAAAGCGUAAAACUCGACAAGCAAAAGCUUUGGAGGCUCGUAAAGCUCCUAAAUCCUUCACUGAGCUCUUGCAAGAGGCAAAUCUGGAAUCUUUGCCGUCGCAUGUGCCCACUUACUUGAAAGCAGCUGUUGGACCUCCGACUUCGUCUUCUCGUCGACAUUUCUGCACAGUCUGUGGAUACAUUGCAGGCUACAAUUGCUGCUUAUGUGGGAUGCGCUUUUGUUCUAUUCGUUGCCAUGAUUGA